AUGGGCGUUACAGUAUCUCACACAGCAUUCUCGCCAUUAUCCAUGGUAUCGACGAUUAUCGGCUUUGUCUCGUUUACCUUCACACUUGCGACCUUAUUAAAAGUUUCCUGGUCAAAUCUCAUGACUUUCCAAGCGGCUCCAGAAGAGAUCAAGGACACACUGUCGAGCCUGAAACAAGGUCUGCUGGAGGAGAGGAGACACUUGAGAAAAGUAAGAAGAAGACUGAAGAACGUGAGGAGAGAUCGCAGUCAUGGUCCUGGUGCCAGAAGUGGUUCCGAGGAGUACUACGGUGGAUAUGGUGGUGGCAAGCAUGUGAACGGAGGUCGAAAGAAAAGUAGAAGAGGAAGAGGGGGUAGUAGGAGGGAAACGAUGCAUUUUGACCGCGACAUUCAGAGGAUGAGAUCCAGUGGCGAAGAAGAGGCGUUGAGCGUGAUGCGUGUCACCGUCCGCGAUCUUAUUCAAAAGUUCCGAGGUCUUGAGCAUCCGUUCCUCAAGCCUGAGUAUCAAUCUCAAGACCCGGCGCGAUGGUCAAUUCAAUCGUCAACUCACCCAUCCGAGAAAUCGCCUUAUGCAGCGCAGUAUCACCCGUGCUCAGAUGACGAUUCGCCCUCAGCUAGCCAUCUACAUAACAGCAAUCGCCUAGGCUUCGAAUACGCUAAUUGCGAUCUUCAACGUCGUUGGCUUUGGGUGCGACGCAAGGCUGACGUGAUCAGCUUGAGUACUGACUUGAGCCGAGUGGAGGGUAGACGGACAGCGCAUGAGGUGGGUGAGAUAUUGAAUAUGGUAUCAGAUAUAGGAAGAGAUAUUGAAGAUCUAAGAGGAGUAGUUGAAGGGGUGGAGGGCAGAUGA